UAUUAAAACAAACAUAAUUGACUAAUGUCGAGCAAAGGUUCAUAUGCAGUAGUAUCUUUUUGUAAAGAAAAUGGAGAGUUAUCUGUGAUACCUCAGGCGUGGCUGUUAGCAGAUGGAGAUGGCAAGUUUAAUCGUUGCUACUGGCCUCCUUUUGCCACACAAGAGUCCAUUGAUAAGGAAAUACAUAGUUCAACAGCUUGUUCUAUUUUAUGGGCACAGCAUCCAAUUCGGCUUAUGGCAGUGGCAGAUUCUUACCCAAAAGCUGUUGAGAAAUUAAAAGAUGCUCAGUAUACAUCUGAUUUACAAACAGAAGUUGAUGAAGUCUAUCAACGACCAAAGCGUAAACGGUACUUUAUAUUAUUUACACAAACAAAGAACAUUGUUCUCAGUAAAACCCCUAAUGUAAUAGUUGGUAAAAGUUGGCUUGUAAUUAUUAGUUUUUUCACAUUGGCUUUACAAUUAAAACUUCAAUUUGUUUAUUGUUUCAUUAGUAUGGGUUAG